AUGAGUUACAGGCUCCGAAAGACGCUGUUCCUGCAGCAGUGCACUUCCGGCUAUGGGGUGACAAAUGCGGGCCAAUGGAAUAUUUCAUAUAAUUGGAACAAUCUUCUUUUGAGGGCAGGCAAAAGAGGGAAAGAGAACUGGGGAGGGAUAGUCCGGGAGAAAGAUGGGAAGUUCAUCCUUCACUUCCUGAUCUCUCUCAUGAUACCUAACAGACCCUUAGCCGCUGUGGGUCAACCGUCAUGCUCAAUGCCGAGGAAGAAAUCCUUUAAUCUUCCUAGCACUGCUUCCAUAGAAGAGCUCCGAAUUUCAUCUUUUGAAGAAUUGCUAAAGACAUUUUGGGAUGCAAAAUCACCGAAACAAGUAGUGAAUGGAGAGGCAAAGAAUAUUUUAGAGGCUGCGAGAGACUCCCGAGUUCCCCUCUAA